AUAUUAGUAGGCUCCCCUGCCAUGCAGAAGCAGGCUGCCUCCUAUGUUCUUCUUCCUUCCAUAAGAAGGAGCUCCUAUCCAUCCAUCCACACCAGCGACUCAAACUCAAAUCUCCGACGCCCCGAAGGAACCUUGAUGAGCGCCCUAGGCUCGACGGAGAUGCGCGCUUGCCAACUCCCGGCGGCGGUGGAGUUGGAGCUGGCGCAGCUCGAGAGGCGGCACGACCAGCGAGCGGACCCUCUGGCGCAGCGCCGGCUCGCGGAGCUCGGCGAGGCGGCGGCCGUGCGGGUGCUGCAGAGGAUCGGGCGGUCCAGGCAGCCGGUGCAGAAUCUGUCCGCCUACAUCCAGUGGGUGAUGAAGCACGACUCAGAGGAGCGCGCCGCCGCCGGCGGCUCCGUGCCGUCACAGCGAGGAGGUGAUGCUGUAUUGGGGACGGUGAAUCAUCACAUUCACAUUUCCUUGGAUCUCCCAAUCCAUGCCACGAUCAAUGCCGGGAGCCCUGCCCGAUCGACGCAUUACAGUUUGCAGCUGCCAGGAAGCCCUGGCCAUGGCCCUGUGUCUGGGUUGCAGCAUCAGGUGGGGACUGAGAGCCUGGUCCGGCAUGCCAUUGCUUCGCCUACAACAACGGUGUCCUCCCCAAGCCCUGUGAGGAACAUUGUAAAAUCUCUGCAUCAGUUGGCACUGGGAGGCCUACCGAGAACCGUAGGGGCUGAACUCGCUACACCGCCAACACCGGUGCACAUGAUGCCAGCAGACCCUCUUGUCAAUGCAAACACAUCAAAGGCAACAGCGAACCUGCACAUGACCAUGAUGGCGCUUGGGGAGCUAGAGUUCGACAAGGUUUUCUUGAUAUAUGUGUACCUUGGCCGCAACAAGACAGAAGAUGUGUGUGAAUUACGAGAAGAUUAUAUUAGGUCACUGCCUUCACUUUCAAUGAAAGAUUCUGAACCAGAAAUUUGGCACAGAUUUGGUCACAAGUUUGUAGCCGAAUCAGAUAGAAGGAAGAACCUUGACUGGGGGGAUUCAAGUAAGGCAAGAGUGUAUCAUUGCUGUUUGGAGAUAGCAGAUGGCUCCGUGGUUACCAUCUUUAAGGGGCCAUAUCUUGAAACCUCGAGGAACAAGCUGCAGAAAGUUGUUGGCGAUGACAACAUUCUUGUCGUGAAGUUCUCGGAUAUACCUGGGCAAAGAAACUUUGGCAAUGACGUCGGUGCCUACUAUAGUGUUUACCAUAAGGUUGCUGAAGAUGGCAUCAGCUUGGGUUUGCGUCGUUACCGUUAUCUCAUUCACAAAGACGGGGGCAAGGAGGGGAAACUUAAAGAGGGAACCGAGAAAUUUUCUUCCGGUGUUAAAUGCUACUUUCUACGCACUGAAUCUGGGUGGAACAGAGAUGAUGCUUAUAUCCUCUCCAAUAAAACAAUUGAUGAGGCCCGCAAACUUUUUAUGCACGUUCACACUGUUCCCACCUUGGCAAAAUAUUUGGCCAGGUUUGCUUUGGUAUUGUCCAAAGCUACAACACUACUAGAUGCCAACGACCUAUCAAAGGUUAAUGUUAUAAUUAUCGAGGACAUACCUUGCAAGGAUAGAAACGGAAACAUUGUUCUCAGUCAUGGGGAGCCUUUGAUCCACACUGAUGGGACUGGCCUAAUCUCAGAAGAUAUAGCCAAUAAAUGCCCGACGAGUGUCGUCAAGGGAAACUUUUCGAGGACACCUGACCUGCAACCUCUACUUUUGCAGAUCCGUAUGUUCUAUAAUGGACUUGCUGUAAAGGGAACCCUUCUUGUUGAUAGAAGGCUUCUUCCUGGAACUAUUAAGAUACGGCAGUCAAUGAUCAAAACAGCAUCUGAUCCAAAUCUACGGGACGAGCAGUCCUUUAACUCACUGGAAAUAGUUAGUACAAGCAAAUAUCCAAAAAGAGCCUUUACAUCAAGGUUUUUAAUCGCACUGCUUCACUAUGGAGGGGUUCCAGCAGAUUAUUUUUUGGAGCUUGUAAGGAAGGCACUAAAAGAUGUUGAGAAAGCCUGUCAUAAAGCUAGUUAUUCUCUCGAAGUUGCAUAUAACCAUGCCAACUUGGAUGAUUCCAUGUCGGCACGAAUGAUUCUUUCUGGAAUUCAACCUGAAGAUGAUGCAUAUUUGCAAUACCAGCUGGCUUUUAUGACUCGAGAAGAAAGAGAAGGAAUCAAAUUAGGAAGGAUUCCUAUUGAGGAGAGUUACUAUCUGAUGGGCACAUCAGACCCUACAGGGACACUAAAGCCCAAUGAAGUUUGUGUGAUACACGAGAAUGGACAAAUUUCUGGAGAUGUUCUUGUCUAUACAAAUCCUGGGUUACAUUUUGGCGAUAUACAUGUGUUAACUGCAACUCCAAUUCCUAAUUUGGAGAAGGAGAUUGUAGGAUUUUCCAAAUAUGUUAUAAUAUUUCCUAUUUCUGGUCCACGGUCUUUGGCUGACGAGAUGGCUAACAGCGACUUCGACGGUGAUAUGUACUUUGUAUCAAGAAAUCCCCAGUUACUUGAGCACUUCAGACCAUCUGAAGCAUGGGUUCCGAGAAACCCACCAAAAAAAGUCGAACAAAAGAAUCCUCAGCAUUAUGAUGGACCCCAGCUGGAAAGCCUGUUGUUCAAAGAAUUUUUGAAAAGUAGAUUUGUACCCAGUUAUACGAUAGGUACAGCUGCAGAUUGUUGGCUGGUAUACAUGGAUCAACUUUUGGCAGGUCAAGUUCAAGAAAACAAACGCGGAAUGGAAAUAAAGGAUAAGACGCUUGACUUAGUUGACAUAUACUAUGAGUCUCUGGAUGCCCCCAAGACAGGGAUCAAGGUCGAUGUCCCCGAUGCACUGAGGGUCAAAAAAUAUCCCCACUAUAUGGAAAAAGGAGAUGAUCGGUCCUACCAUUCAACGUCCGUGCUCGGACAAAUCUAUGACGAAGCAAAAGCAUUGUCAGAGCAGUCUAAAGAUAUUCCUCCAAUCAAUAUAUCGCCCCUGGCGUGCUUUACAGAGGUGGCCGUGGGGGUAACCAAAGAGCGCAAGGAGGAGUGGAAAAGGCUUUACGACGAAUAUCGAGGAGAGAGCACAGCCCUCUGCGAUAAGAAGUACAAUAAGAAGUACAGCAAAGAAGAGAGAGACGCGGGGUUUACGAAGCUUUACCAGAAGUAUAGGCGGAUGCUGUACGACGCGGAGGAGUUCGACGACAGCCUGAGGAACUACAACGAGGUGUUUGGCGAGGCCUGCGCCAUCUACCAGAUCGUCUACGAGUAUGCGCGGAGACAGAACAAGGCUACAUUGUGCGGCUUUGCGUGGAAGGUCGCCGGCCGCGCACUGUGCCAUCUGCACGCGAUCAAGCGUGGCGGCGAGACGGUGCUCUGCUCGCAGUCCGUCCUCCGGGACGCCUUCAAGAAGAACCGUUGAGGUCACGUGCAGUGGCGGAGCUUCUUGAGGGCCAACCUGGGCCAUGGCCCCCCCCCCCCCCCCCCCCAGCUCACAAGAAAACAUCUACUCUCUCCGUUCCCAAAUAUUUGUCUUUCUAGGCAUUUCAAAUGAAAACAACAUACGGAUGUAUGUAGACAUAUUUUAAAAUGUAGAUUCACUCAUUUUGCUCCGUAUGUAGUUACUUGUUGAAAUCUCUAGAAAGACAAAUAUUUAGGAACGGAGGGAGUAUAUAUUUCUUUGUAUUAGGCAUGUUUUCAACUAAAAAUCAGCUAAAAUAGUACAUUUGCCCCCGCUCCAGCCCACAGCCCCCCAUAGUUUCGGCUCAAGCUCCGCCACUGGUCACGUGAGCUCCGCGGUUCAGUCACAAGCGUGUUAUGGUGCCCUUGCUACUUUUGCUAGCGAUAUCCGUGAGUGGAUUUUGUGAACCCUAAACCUGAUGCAUGUGUAUGUGUGUGUGUGUGUGUGUGUCUGGUAUGGAGUAUUAGAUUACGUGCUGAAUUGUUGA